CCCAGAGGGAGCCGCUGCGCUCCGCGGUCGGGCUGAGAGCGCAGCCGGCAAGCCCCGUCCCGCAGCCAGCCCCGUCCCGCAGCCAGCCCCGUCCCGCAGCCAGCCCCGUCCCGCAGCCAGCCCCGCAGCACGGUCAGGACGAGGAGGAAGGCAGCGGCAGCAGGAGCAGCGGCAGCAGCGCCCGCACGUGUGCGCGCAGCCCUCGACGGCCGCCCCCGGCAUGGUGCGCGGGGCCGCGCCGGGCAGGACCUGAUCCGCGGCAGAGAGCGGCUCCGCGCGGAAAGCCUCCGACCGAGCGUCCCGUCCCGAACCCCGCCGCCCCGCCGGCUGUCCCGCAGGAUGGGCGGCCGCGCCACCGCCGCUGUCCCGGUGCUGCUCCUGGGACUCCUCGGCCUCUGCUCCGCCGUGGAGGAAAAGAAAGUUUGUCAAGGGACAAAUAACAAGCUGACCCAGCUGGGACAUGUGGAAGACCAUUUCACCAGCCUGCAGAGGAUGUACAACAACUGUGAGGUGGUGCUGAGCAACCUGGAGAUCACAUACGUGGAGCACAACCGUGACCUCUCUUUCCUGAAGACAAUCCAGGAGGUUGCAGGCUACGUGCUCAUCGCGCUCAACAUGGUGGAUGUCAUUCCCCUGGAAAACCUGCAGAUCAUCCGAGGCAAUGUGCUGUAUGACAACUCCUAUGCCUUGGCUGUUUUGUCCAACUACCACAUGAACAAAACUCAGGGGCUCCGGGAGCUGCCAAUGAAGCGCCUCUCAGAAAUUCUCAAUGGAGGUGUUAAAAUCAGCAACAACCCCAAACUGUGCAACAUGGACACUGUUCUCUGGAAUGACAUCAUUGACACAAGCAAGAAGCCUCUAACGGUGCUGGAGUUUGCAAGCAACUUGUCCUCUUGUCCCAAAUGCCACCCCAACUGCACAGAAGACCACUGCUGGGGCCCUGGGGAGCAGAACUGCCAGACAUUAACGAAAGUCAUCUGUGCCCAGCAGUGCUCUGGCCGGUGCAGGGGGAAGGUGCCCAGCGACUGCUGCCACAACCAGUGUGCCGCGGGCUGCACGGGGCCUCGGGAGAGCGACUGCCUGGCCUGCCGCAAGUUUCGGGACGACGCCACCUGCAAGGAUACGUGUCCCCCGUUGGUCCUGUACAACCCCACCACGUACCAGAUGGAUGUCAACCCCGAUGGAAAGUACAGCUUCGGAGCCACUUGUGUGAGGGAAUGCCCACACAACUACGUGGUGACAGACCACGGCUCGUGCGUCCGCUCCUGCAACACCGAUACUUACGAGGUGGAAGAGAACGGUGUCCGCAAGUGUAAAAAGUGUGAUGGGCUCUGCAGCAAAGUGUGCAAUGGCAUCGGAAUAGGUGAGCUCAAAGGGAUCCUCUCUAUAAAUGCCACGAACAUCGACUCCUUCAAAAACUGUACCAAGAUCAACGGGGACGUCAGCAUUCUCCCGGUGGCCUUCCUGGGUGAUGCCUUCACGAAGACGCUACCCUUGGACCCCAAGAAGUUGGAUGUCUUCAAAACAGUCAAAGAAAUAUCAGGGUUUUUGUUGAUUCAGGCCUGGCCUGAUAAUGCUACUGAUCUCUAUGCUUUUGAAAAUCUGGAGAUUAUACGUGGCAGAACCAAGCAGCAUGGCCAGUAUUCCCUUGCUGUUGUGAACUUGAAAAUCCAGUCCUUGGGGCUGCGCUCUCUCAAGGAAAUAAGCGAUGGAGAUGUGGCCAUCAUGAAGAAUAAGAACCUCUGCUAUGCUGACACCAUGGACUGGCGCAGCCUGUUUGCAACUCAGAGCCAGAAAACAAAGAUCAUACAGAACAGGAACAAAAAUGAGUGUGCUGCUGCCAGGCACGUUUGUGACCCUCUGUGCUCAGAGGUGGGUUGCUGGGGCCCAGGACCCUUCCACUGCUUCUCCUGCAGAUUUUUUGAUCGCCAGAAGGAGUGUGUGAAGCAGUGCAACAUCCUGCAAGGGGAGCCGAGAGAGUUUGAGAAGGACUCCAAAUGCCUCCCCUGCCACCCCGAGUGCCUGGUGCAAAACUCCACUGCCUACAAUGCAACCUGCACUGGACCUGGCCCUGACCAUUGCAUGAAGUGUGCCCAUUUCAUCGAUGGCCCCCACUGCGUCAAGUCCUGCCCCGCGGGGGUUCUGGGGGAGAACGACACCCUGGUCUGGAAGUACGCCGAUGCCAACGCUGUUUGCCAGCUCUGCCAUCCCAACUGUACCCGGGGGUGCAAAGGGCCAGGUCUUGAAGGCUGUCCAAAUGGCUCCAAGAUCCCGUCCAUCGCGGCCGGCGUGGUCGGGGGCCUGCUGUGCCUGGUGGUGGUGGGCCUGGGCAUCGGCCUCUACCUGCGCAGGCGCCACAUCGUCAGGAAGCGCACCCUGCGCCGGCUGCUGCAGGAGAGGGAGCUCGUCGAGCCCCUGACGCCCAGUGGGGAGGCUCCAAACCAGGCCCAUCUCCGAAUUUUAAAGGAAACAGAGUUUAAAAAGGUCAAAGUUUUAGGCUCUGGAGCCUUUGGCACUGUUUAUAAGGGACUUUGGAUCCCAGAAGGGGAGAAGGUUAAAAUUCCUGUUGCUAUUAAAGAGUUGCGAGAGGCGACGUCACCAAAGGCCAACAAGGAGAUCCUUGAUGAAGCUUACGUGAUGGCCAGCGUGGACAACCCUCACGUGUGCCGCUUGCUGGGGAUCUGCCUCACCUCCACUGUGCAGCUCAUCACACAGCUCAUGCCCUACGGCUGCCUCCUGGAUUACAUCCGGGAGCACAAGGACAACAUCGGCUCCCAGUACCUUCUCAACUGGUGUGUGCAGAUCGCCAAGGGAAUGAACUACCUGGAGGAGCGGCGCCUGGUGCACCGUGACCUUGCUGCCAGGAACGUCCUUGUAAAGACUCCUCAGCAUGUGAAAAUCACAGACUUUGGGCUGGCAAAGCUGCUGGGAGCUGAUGAGAAGGAGUAUCACGCCGAGGGAGGCAAGGUUCCCAUUAAAUGGAUGGCCUUGGAGUCCAUUUUACACCGGAUUUACACUCACCAAAGCGACGUCUGGAGUUACGGUGUGACAGUCUGGGAGCUGAUGACGUUUGGGUUGAAGCCUUACGACGGCAUCCCCGCCAGUGAAAUCUCCUCUGUCCUGGAGAAAGGCGAGCGUCUGCCCCAGCCCCCCAUCUGCACCAUCGACGUCUACAUGAUCAUGGUCAAGUGCUGGAUGAUCGAUGCAGACAGCCGCCCCAAGUUCCGUGAGCUCAUAGCAGAGUUCUCCAAGAUGGCCCGUGACCCGCCACGCUACCUCGUUAUACAGGGAGACGACAGGAUGCACCUGCCCAGCCCCACGGACUCCAAGUUUUAUCGCACCCUGAUGGAGGAGGAGGACAUGGAAGAUAUCGUGGACGCAGACGAGUACCUCGUGCCACACCAGGGCUUCUUCAACAGCCCCUCAACGUCCCGGACUCCGCUCUUGAGUUCAUUGAGUGCUACUAGCAACAACUCUGCCACAACCUGCAUUGAUAGAAAUGGGCAGGGGCAUCCUGUGAGGGAAGACAGCUUUGUCCAGAGGUAUAGCUCAGACCCAACGGGCACUUUCUUGGAGGACAGCAUAGACGACGGCUUCCUGCCCGCCCCAGAGUACAUAAACCAGUUGGCGCCCAAGAAAGCCUCCGCCUCAGCGGUCCAGAACCCGAUCUACAACUUCUCUCUCACAGCAAACUCAAAGGGCCCCACGGACUCCAGCUACCAGAAUUCACACAGCACAGCUGUGGACAACCCUGAGUAUCUCAACACCAACCAGUCUCCACUGGCCAAGACAGUCUUCGAGAGCUCUCCUUACUGGAUCCAGGCAGGCAACCACCAAAUAAACCUGGACAAUCCUGACUACCAGCAGGACUUCUUACCCAAGGAAACCAAACCCAACGGUCUCCUCAAGGUCCCUGCUGCAGAAAACCCGGAGUACUUGAGGGUAGCAGCACCUAAAAGUGAAUACAUUGAGGCCUCAGCAUGACCAGAGGGCGUCUGUUCUUGCGGCGAGGCGAGCCAGGCGCUCGGUGCCCUCCCUGGCUGCUGCAAGAGCAGGCCCAUGCUCGGGUUGACGCUUCCCUAAGCACAGCUUUUCCCUCUCAGCGCGGGGCUGAGCCCCCACAGCCUCCCCCCGUGGGACUCUGGGUCUUUCCAUGCCCAUUCCCACGUUGUAACUGAGGCCCAGAGCCCUGCAGGACAGAGGACAGGACAGAGGAAAUAACGGCUGCGUUCCUUUCCGAAUGGUAGCACGGUGAGAAGCCACUCCGGGCUGAAUUUGAGAGCUGUACGUGGUGUACAGUCCAAUUCCUUCCUACAGGCUGUGUUUUUACAAACAGACUGUUUGGGUCUUUUAUGAGAUAGGAUGCUGGUACUGCUGGUCUGCUAUGUGGUGCUCAGAUCACCAGCAGGGAGGAAAUAAAACCCCAAACCGGCUACUGAAAUACUUCUCCAAAACUCCUGGAACAGAAACAUUUACUCCACGCUACCAGAGUUUUACCACUUGCCUCCGUAUACUCUUCCUCUUGGCAUGAAGAGGGAGUAGUGCAGCUGGGGGAUGUGUGGGAGCUUCUACCCAGGGCAGCACGGAGUGGAAAACCAGCACGAGGAGCAAAAUGGCACGAGCUUAUCACCACUACUACUAAAAACUGAGCGGAGGGACUCCCCUCCCAGUCACCUGUACAUGGCUAUAAAGUGCUCUGUAGUCCGUUUCCUGAUGGUCAAAUGCAAGACAUGUUUUACUCUGAUCCUUUAUGGUUGUCAAACUGCCUUUCUUCUUCAGGAGAACUGUUAAAAGAUGUUGCUGUAGCUGAAAAAUGAAGUUAAUGCUUCUCAUUAAACGUCGAGGAAAUGCAAACGGUGGCAAAUGGGAGCAUUUACCAGGCAGCCAGGAGGAACUGUGCUUAAUUACACCUGACCAGGGCAAGAAACACAGGGAGCUCUAGCCAAGCAGUUUUCCUUCCCUUCUUAAAGCAGAACAGAGCAGAAGUCACUGUUCCCUUACACAUUUGGCAAAGGGACACAUCAGUGUUGAGCUGUAGCCACUUCAAGGCGAAUUUCCACAGCACACCGGGGCUGGUGCCUAUCCCUUCGGGGUUAUGUGUCUUGGCAAGGCAGGAGGGGCAGUGAGAACAACUUAUGGGAAGGAAGAAUAAUCUGGAGCGAUGGAAAACAUUACCUCUCUCUUCUGAAACACAGAGAGCUGCCUACGCUGCUUUAAAACACCCAGCAUCAUCUUCUGUUAGCAGCGUGGCACAGGCAGGCGAGGCAAGGCUAAGAUCUUAGCUUGAUAAGUAUAAAUCAAUCCCAGCAGCAAAAACAUCCACUCUUUCCAGUGGCCUGUGGGACAGAACUUCCCAUUCUCCCAGCAUUAACAUUUCUAAUGAAUGCGGGAGAGGUGAAGGGCCUAGAGUGUGAAUUUAGUCAGUAAUUAAGAUAUGUCCCAGCAGCAGCUCAGCAGUGCUAUUUCAAUCAAUGCACAUGAGGUGAUUUUGGUACAAAGGCCCUUAAGCAGUCGAGCGUUGCCAGCUCAGUGUAAGCAGCCGAGUUGCAGAGGGGAUGUGUCUAUAUUAAGUAGCGAGAAACACUCCAAUCUCUGCCACCACUGCAGUUUGAAUGUGUCAGCGUGUGUUUCAGCUGAAACACUGCAGCUGGGGCCCAGGAUCAAGCAGCAAAUCCUCAGAACAGGUUUCUUGAGGACUGGAGGAGAAGAAAGGUUGUGUGAAAUGACUCCUGUCAGGGAGCUGCAGAGAGUGCUGCUGUCUCCCCUCAGCCUCCUCUUCUCCAGGCUCAACACCCCCAUUCCCUCAGCCCCUCCCCAGCCCCUUGUGCUCCAGCCCCUUCCCCAGCUCUGUGCCCGGCUCUGGCCACGCUGCAGCCCCUCAGUGUCCCUGUGGCAGUGAGUGAGGGGCCCAGCACUGAGCACAGCCCUGGAGCUGCAGCCUCCCCAGGGCCCAGCACAGGGGCACAGUCCCUGCCCUGGGCCUGCUGCCGCCCCACUGCUGAUCCCAGCCAGGAUGCCCUUGGCCUCCUUGCCCACCUGGGCACUCUGCUGGCUCCUGUUCUGCUGCUGUAAAUUAACAUCCCCAGCUCCUUUCCCUGCAGCAGCUUUCCAGCCCCUCUGCCCCAGCCUGGAGCAGUGCCUGGGGUUGGUGUGGCCCAAGUGCAGGACCCGGACCUUCCCCCUGUUAAACCUCAUCCCACUGCCCUCAGCCCAUCACCCCAGCAUGCCCAGGGCUCUCUACAGAGCCUUCCUGCCCUCAAGCAGAUAAAUUCUUCUGGCUUGUAUGUAAAAUGCCAAGCAAAAUCGGGUUCCCACGUCCAUUUGUUGGCAGGCCUCUCCUUGCAUUGCUGAGAGCAGAUGUGUUGUGCAGCUCUGCAGGGUGCUCCCUGCCCUGCCGGCACAGGCAGCUCCUCCGCUCUUCUCCGCUCUGCCUGGGGAGGAAUGUGCAUCAAACCCAAAACAGUAACACUUCACAGAAACCCUUUUCAGCUCGCUAAAUUUGCUAUGUCUCCAAGCAGAACACUAGAAAUAUCACACAGUGCACGUUCUGCAGAAUGUUUCCAACGCUGUUGCACAAAGGGGUGUGUUUGUGUUUUGUUUGAAUCUGUUAGCCAGGAAAGCCACGAAGUAGCAGCAAUAAGUACUGCCAGCAUUAUGUAGCAUGAAAAAUGGAAUCAUAGAAUCAUAAAGUGUUGGGGUUUGGAAAGGAUCUCUAGAGCUCAUCCAGCCCAGCCUCCUACUAAAGCAGGUUCCCCUCACUCAGGGGGCACAGGAACGUGUCCAGGCAGGGUUGGAAACCUCCCAAGAAGGAGCCUCCACACCCUCCCUGGGCAGCCUGGGCCAGGGCUCCCUCACCACAGCACCAAAGCAGUUUCUUCUUGUGUUUAAGUGGUACUUCUUGCAUUCCAGCUUAUGUUUAUUACCCCUCGUCCUGUCACUGGCCACAAGAGAAAACAGCCUGGCCUCAUCUGCUUGACACCUGCCCUUCAGGUAUUAUUCAGCAUUAAUGAGGUCCCCCUGAGCUCAGCCUUCUCUUCUCCAGGCUCAACAGCCCCAGGUCCUGCAGCCUUUCCUCUUCAGAGAUGUUCCAGCCCCUCAGCAUCUUGGUAGCCCUCACUGGCCUCUCUUGAACACUGGAUUCCAGAACCGAGCACACAACUCCAAGUGAAUCUUCACCAGGGCAGAGGAGAGGGGAAGGAGAACUUCUGGAAGGUUCUAUAGAAGUGCCUGCCCUUGGGAGAAAGGGUUUAGUAGUGACUCAUGGGAGCAUGUGGCUGGUGCCUGUGGUGGUGCAAAGGGCAUUACCAAUGCAUUGAUGUCCCAUUUUACUGUAUUUUUCAUGUCAGGCAAAAUAAAACCACUCUCAAGUUAGUUCCUAGUAUCUCUUGAUCACAAGGCAGCAGUUAAUGUGGAACUAUGCUCUUGCAGUAAUAAUUUAAGACUUUUAAUAAUUGCUAAGCAUAUGAAAACGUAAGCUAGGGCAAGAGUCUUCACUUUCCUGGGAUGUUUUCCAGUGCUCUGUGUACAGUGUCAGCAGACUCAACUUCAUUUGAGCCUUGGGUUGUUUGCUCCUGCUGCAGAGGGAGUUGGGGAUGUUUCCUUCCCGCCUCAGUUGAUCUUGUCGGGUAAAUUCAAUCCAAAAACUUUGCAUUUCCAGACAAGUGCUCAUUUUUCAGAUUCAAGUUCAACAUCUUGUGUUUGUACGACUGCUGCCUCUCCAGAGGAACAGUUUGUGGUGCUCUGGCUUUUGUUCCUCCCCACGUUUCUCUGUGAGAAAACACCCGAAUCGGGACAAAGUAUAAAAAUGUACCUGUGUUCCUUCUUCCUGAUGGAAACUGUAGACUUGUGAAGUGUCAAACUCUGUGUGUAACACUUGGCAAGAAUGCUUUGUAAUGUUUUAUCACCACUGGUUCAGAUUUUUAUAUUGGGAUCCCGUUUUCUAGCUUUGUUUUUUUUUUGUAAAUGUUCUGACACAAAACUUUUAAGGAGCCUUUUUAACAUAGUUUUUUAAAAAUAGAAAAAGAAAAGAAAAAAGGGGUUUGUACAACAUGAAACCUUCCAAGUAGCUUGUCCAAUGGGCUGCGUUAGGACCAAAGAUGUAAUGUUAAAGCAAUAGGGUAUCAACCACCACUUCCACAGCCUCUCGUUACAGGGGAAAGCUACAGAUCUCCACUCUUCAUGGGGGCUGGGCCAGCCCUCUGCUGAGCCAAGGGGGCUUGCCAGGGGGCUGAGGCCUGUCCACACAAAACUAAACCAAACAGCAGGAACAGGUGUCACUUCAGGGCCAGACCUACGACCUCGGCUCCGUUUCGAUUCAUUUUCUACUCAAUACGAUAGCUAAACAGUCAAAGAAAAGGACGUGAGGCUUUGCCUUGGGAUCUGGGAGCAAAACAAGCUGAAACACGACAAGAUAGCUGCUUUUUGUGUGAGGAAGUGUGUAGGCAGGCAGCGAGACUUGAAACCCAUGACACUUGUGGUGAGGUUAUUGGUUUAACGAUGUGGGGGAGCUGGGAGAGCAGCGCUUCCACGCUCGGCCUGGCUCUCUGCCACAUGGCCCAGCUCUGACGGACACACACCAGCCCUGCUGUGGCUUUGUGGACUGAGGUACUGUUAGUGGUCAAGCAAACCCUCAGUAGCAUCCAAAAAAGAGGGUUUCCUGAGGAAAAAUGGGUCACUGGGGAGCGAGCUGGCCUGAGGCAGCAGGUGAAGGCCUGAGGCCAAGGCUGAGGGCUGUGGCCUCACCGACAUGGCGCAGGCAGGCCUGUCUGCAUGCACAGGCCUUGGAGUCUCACUGCACCUCUCUUUCACCUCAAAGGAGAGGAUCUUUCUGAUGAAUAAAGUGAAGACCAGCAAGGGAACCCUGGACUGGUUGAAGGGUCGCUCCUGUGUAGCUGGUACAGUACUUCAUUCCCUUUUAUCCCCUGUGUUUGCAGCCCCCAUUGACGUCACCCUCGUGUUUUAUAAGCGGGAAUCAGUAAAGUAGUUGUCCACAAUGGUAGGAGGCUUGGCUCACAUACCCAAGUUUGCUUUUCCAACCCUACAUUCCUCACAUCAUUUACCCUUUAAAUGAAUGGGCCGUUCCACUUGAUUACACUGAGAGUAUAAAACAAGGCUAAGGCUGAGUGAUUUCUGAGAAUCCCUCGCAAUAAUCAGAGAUCCUAUGGAUCCAUUGCCCGUCUUAGGCUGCUUUCUAUUGAUGCAAUCAACCGAGCAUAAGGUAUAAUUGCCUUGGUUUUGAUAAACUGUCAAGCAAUACAUGUGCAGAUACAGCCGGUACCCUCGCAGCUUUGUAAAGUCCCUGAACCAUGAAAGCACUAUUUGUACAAUACGAAACUCUUAUUGACUUUUGUAUGGUUUAAUGGUUUAUACUAUUGAUCAAAGAUUGUUUGUAUAUUGAGCGAUAAAAAAUGAGGUGUAUAUUAUUCUUUUUAAUUGUUUUUAAUUGACGGAGAGCUUUUAUUGUAAUAUACUGUUGUACCUGGGGAGGGGAGAAAAAUCAGUGGCUAGAGUGUAGGGUUUGAAGCCAGAGAAGAACUCACUUUGAGGGUUCUUUAUUGGUGGACUUUGAUAUUGGGGUUUUUUUGUUGUUUUCCUGGUAAAAGUUGUCACUUUGGGGAUUUAUCCAGAGCUUAGUGGAGCUAAUAACAGGACCUCCUCCUCUCUCUUGAGACUCUUUGGCUCACGGCAUGCACAGUGCUGCUGGGCUUUCACGAUGUGGGCAAUAACACAGCUAGUGCUCGUGGCUGUUGGAAGUGCAAUAUGAAAGCCCAGGUGCUGCAGAAAGAGAAAUUCCCUGAGCAAAGACAGUCAAGUAUUGGUGGUUCAUUAUCCAACUGGUGGAACACGUAGCAGGACAAAGGUUAAAGGAAUUACGAGGUCCUCAGCGUAACAGAGCAAAACACAAGACUAAAGAAGAGAGGAGUUGGCACUGUCAGUACACACUCAGCCUAGAUAAGUCCCCAGUAUCACAAUCAGCAAAUCAAAUCUUUCUUGUCUUUAUAGAUUAACUUUGUACACACCAAACAAAAAAGCCACCACAGCACCUUUCUCACUUUCAUCUUUCCAUCCAGUCCCUUCCGAUACGUAGGCUGCAUGUUCUACCAGCUCAACCUAUUUUAUGCAGAUAUGACAUAGUCUUACUCUUCAUGUUACUGGUUCCCAGAAAUGUCUCAAUGCGUACUCAUGCAUGAUAUUUUUAUUUUAAUA